GUGCGUGCUUUGCGUUCCCUCGCCCAGUUACUGGGUACCCAGUACCCGGCUACCCGGUUAGCUUUCUUUUGAGAUUCGGAGGUAGCUGUUUCUGCCCUACGUGGGAGUGAGGGGCCAGCCCCUCUUCCGCCCAGCCAACCCUGCGCGCCGAUCGCUCAUCCAUGGGCCCAACCCGGAAGCCCAACGUGUGCCGGAGGCUGAGUCGCCGGGCGCUGGGCUUCUUCGCGCGCGACGCAGGCGUGGUGCAGAGGACGAACCUGGGCAUCCUUCGGGAGCUGGUGUGCCAGGAAAGUACUAAAUUUAAGAAUGUUUGGACAACUCAUUCCAAGUCACCUAUAGCUUAUGAGAGAGGAAGAAUAUAUUUUGACAAUUAUCGGUGCUGUGUUAGCAGUGUUGCCUCAGAGCCAAAAAAACUUUAUGAAAUGCCAAAAUGUUCCAAAUCGGAAAAAAUAGAGGAUGCUUUGUUAUGGGAAUGCCCAGUGGGGGAGGUACUUCCCGAUCCAUCAGAUUAUAAAUCUUCACUCAUAGCACUGACUGCUCACAAUUGGCUACUUCGUAUAUCAGCAACUACAGGAAAAAUCCUGGAGAAGAUCUAUCUUGCUUCCUAUUGCAAAUUCAGGUACUUGAGCUGGGACACACCUCAAGAAGUCAUUGCAGUCAAGUCUGCUCAGAACAAAAGCUCAGCAGUGGCCCGACAGGCAGGCAUUCAGCAACCCAUUUUGUUGUACCUUGCAGUGUUCCAAGUUCUACCUUUUUCUCUUAUAGGCAUUCUAGAGAUCAACAAAAGGAUUUUCGGGAACGUAACAGAUGCUACUCUGUCUCAUGGAAUACUGAUUGUGAUGUACAGCUCAGGACUGGUCAGACUCUAUAGCUUCCAAGCCAUCACUGAACAGUUCAUGCAACAGAAACUUGACUUAGGGUGUGCAUGCAGAUGGGGUGGGACUACUGGAACUGUAGGAGAGGCUCCUUUUGGCAUUCCUUGUAAUAUUAAAAUCACAGACUCACCACCACUGCUCUUUGAGGUGUCAUCCCUGGAGAAUGCUUUUCAGAUUGGAGGCCAUCCUUGGCACUACAUCAUCACACCCAAUAAGAAGAAACAGAAAGGAGUUUUCCAUAUUUGUGCCCUAAAAGAUAAUUCAUUGGCAAAAAAUGGGAUCCAAGAAAUGGAGUGCUGUUCUUUGGAAUCUGACUGGAUUUAUUUUCAUCCUGAUGCUUCUGGUAGAAUAAUACAUGUUGGCCCAAAUCAAAUCAAAGUUUUAAAGCUAAAUGAAAUAGAAAAUAAUAGCUCUCAGCAUCAGAUCUCUGAGGAUUUUGUCAUUUUGGCCAACAGGGAGAACAAAAAUGAAAAUUUAGUCACUGUUACUGCUUCUGGACGGGUGGUCAAAAAAAGUUUUAACCUUCUGGAUGAUGACCCAGAACAAGAGACUUUCAAAAUUGUGGAUUAUGAAGAUGAGUUGGAUUUGCUUUCUGUGGUAGCUGUUACGCAAAUAGAUGCUGAAGGGAAAGCUCACCUGGAUUUCCACUGUAAUGAAUAUGGAACUUUACUUAAAAGCAUUCCACUAGUGGAGUCAUGGGAUGUGACAUAUAGCCAUGAAGUCUACUUUGACAGAGACUUGGUGCUACACAUAGAACAGAAACCAAACAGGGUCUUCAGCUGCUAUGUUUACCAGAUGGUAUGUGACCCUGCAGAAGAAGAAGAAAUCCUAAACAAAAGUUAUUAAAAGGAGUGAAAUAAUUAUAACUUAUGAAACUUUUAGCCAAACAACCCAGGAACUGUGUUCCAAUCCUCCUUUUAUUAUUUGUAUGGCACAUUCUGCAGUAUUUUCCAGAAAAGGUGUUGGGUUGACUUCAGAUGACUAAAGCUUUUACCAUAGAAGGUGCUGAGAACUUCAUUUUAUGAAAAGGUUUGUGUAUUUUUUAAAAUGUUGUCCCAACAAGUCUAGUUUUUUGGACUUUUAGCUACGUGCUAAUGCAAAUAUAAAAUGCUAAAAGCAGAAAGGACAGGUUAAUCCCAGUUGGUGUGGAGAGAGUAUCACUGAUGUGGAGAUGUCUGACCCGGUUCUUAAAGGACAGUAUGGAAUUGUGAUUGGUGAGGGUAGGAAAGAGACAAAAAUAGAUACAAAUUAUAGAUUCAGAAAAAAUUCUGUCUACUCUGUACCAAAUUUUGCUUGAGGAUGAAAAAUGAGAUGUAGAAUGUGAAAACAUAAUUUUGAGCCAAAAUGUUGACAUUAGAGUGUUUUUUUAAUCAUAUAUAUGUAUAUAGGAUUUUGUAUUUGUAUACCAUAUCAAGGAUUAACUCUAACUCCCAAAUUACCUUUCUUCCAUGGUUUUAUUCUUUUGGCUUAAUGUCCCAUUGAGUAUUUGUGCUUAUAUUAUAGACUAAUAUAAAAGAUUCCAAGCAAACCUGAAUGAAUUUUUUUCUGAUAUGUAGCCUUUUUAACUCAGUAUUUCUAAGGAUGCUCUCAUUUCACCAUUCUAUUUAUUUUGUGAGUCUAACCAUUUUGUUGAGGCAAUGUUUUCAUACCUAUGCAAGAAAAUAAAGGUACUCUGACCUGCACCAAUUGAAUUCCCUGGAGAAGAGUUGAUAAGGUCCCAGAGGAAAUUCUUCCUAAUGUGGAAAUUACCCAAUUAGCCAGAGAAAAUUUUGGCUAUCUUAAUUAUGAAAGGAGUAUUUUUCCCUUCAUUUUUAAGAACAAGUCUAAAUAUGAUACUUAAACUCCAAUAAUCAUUCUUCAUACUAUUAAAAAAGGCAGCUAAGCCUUUAUAUAGGGAGGAAAUGUUUCUUUAUACUUCCUGUCUGAGAAAUGCAGUUAUUGCAAUCCAUAUGUUUAGCAUAUUUCUUUGGUUCAGCCUCAGAAAAAUAACUAGUUUUAAAAAAGAAGAAGGAAACAUUUGUUUAAAAAAAAUCAUUGCUGAUUCAAGCUUAAAAUUAAAAUGUGGAAUUUUAGCUUGAAUGAUUUACAUUAAAAUCCUUCAGUUUUGGCUCAAUCCCAUAUUAAGAAUGAUGUGAAAUCUAUUCCAUUCUGCUCUUGAAAGUUUGGAAAUAGAUUUCUGAUUUAUUAUGAUCAUAGGACUAACAAAGUGUUAGCUGUUCCAAAAGUUAAGGAAUUGGUAGCAGGGUCAGUAAAUUUAAAGGAAAUAAACCUAAAACUGUCCUUUAUGUAAAAGGAAAAAAUAAAUAAAUAAGAAAAAUUAUAAGUUGAAUAUCCCUUAUCUGAUGCUUGGAACUAGAAGUGUUUUAGAAUUCUAUUUUUUUCCAAUUUGAGAAUAUUUGCAUGUACAUAAUGAGGUCUUGGCAAUGAGACCCAAGUCUAAAUAUGAAAUGGUUUUAUGUUUCAUAUAUACCUUAUUCACAUACCCUGAAGGUAAUUUUAUACAAUAUUUCUAGUGUGCCU